GAACUUUGGACAUACCCUAUUGAAAUUUCGACGCGUUGGCUUCCAGGCUUGAGCGAAUAAAAAUUUAUAGCGUAGAAAUUAUAUUUCGUUAUUUUGAAUUGAAAUUAACUGUGCCCAAAAUAGGUCCAAAUUAUAAUUUAUAUAACUUCAGUUGAACUUAUUUCAUAGGUAAGGCGUAGCUUUCAUCAUGUCGAAGGCGCCAUGCUGUUGGGCAUCAAAUGAACCGGAUAGGGACAAGGAGAACUAUAUGCGCUGUUCGACCAGGCAGUUGCCACAAACUAGCGAUAAAGAUAAGAAGGGUAAGCCGGACAAGAACAUGUGCUGCGGCCCGGCGUUUCGUUUGCAAAUGGCCAAGGAGGCCGAGAGGGACAUCGGCGCUGAGAUCGAUCAAAUGUGCGGCCCGAAGGUCAAAGGCAAGAAGACGGCCAGGCCCAAAAAGGACAAACUACGCUGCUUUACGGCCAAUAUGAUCUGUAUGAAGCUCGAUAUGCCCGGCCGCGACUUCGAGGACUUCGAUAGCCUGCAAAUGAACGUUCAGAUAUGCAAGGGCUGCAAUCCGGUCUUGUGCUCGAACCGCAUAAAUGUCAACUGUUUGCCAAGUGAGCCGAGCGCUCGAUUCACCAUGCUGGCGGAGUGUCUGGAUAAGGCCUUAACCGAGGGCAUCAAUCUGUCAGUCAAGUACAAGAAGAAGGAAAUCGGUCGCGGUUGCUUUGUCCCGCCGGACAGUGUCAUUCUACGGAUGAUAAACUCUUUUAAUGAGGUUGUCUACACCACCGAAGUGGAGCUGACAUGCAAGGGCUGUACGGUGGGCAUAUGUACGGUGCGCCUCUCGAUGCUCAUGCAGUGUCAGAUCAUCGAUGACGAUGACGAAGCCGAUGAUAGCGGCGACGACGACGACGACGACGACGACGCCGACGGCACUGGCGAUGGCGGCAAUGACGACUGUUUUGGCGAUCUAACGGAGGGUAACAACGACAGCUCCGCCAGCUCCUCCGACCCAUGCCAGGGCUAUGUCAGCAUUAAGCGAUCAGACGAUACAAAUGACUUCUGUGAAACGUCCAAUAGAAACAGUAGAAUUAUCGGUGGCGGGUUGCAAGCGGAAAGGCUGAUUGACGUGGCUGGCCCCUACAAUAUCUACAGUGUCGACAAAGAAGAUGAUAGCUGCUUGAAGAUUACGGCUUCGCCGGGACCUGGCGGCCAGUUCUCGUUCCCGAGUCAAUCCUAUUUGGGGAACGGCAAUAUAAAUCGCAUGUGUCCGCAAAUUGCGCCGCCAGACUUGAAGCAGAUGGGCGUGAAGCCGGAGCGCACGUGCCUCAUGUGCCAAGCGGAUGUGUCCUGGCUACCACAGUUAGCGGCGUGUCCACAAUGCGGCUACAAGCCGAUGCCCACGCACAUUGAGAAGGAGUAUGACGAAAAAGCCACCGCCGAGGACAUUAUCGUUGACUUUUUCCAGAACAAAGGCAGCGAGAAGAAAAGCACAGACUCCAAUUUAAACUGCUACAACGAAAAGUUAUCCGACUCGAAGACGACGGAGGAGGCAUUCGAUGCGAUUGUCGGUGAAUACAAGUCCCUGAAGCGUAGCAUCAAGAGAUGCAAGAGUAUACAGCCGUGUCCAAGUGCAUUGAAGAAGCUGCCCCCAGAUCUGGUUAGUAUUUUUACGGAGAUGAAGAAGCUCUUCGAAGUUGGCAGCGACAGUGCGGACAAGAAGCUAAAGAUACAGCAGAUCUGCGACGAGGCUUGCAAGUUGGCUAAAGCCUCGAAGAAACAUCGCAAGAAAAACUCCACGCGCAAAGCCUCGGGUUCCUGCAGCGAGAUCAAAAAGUCAACGAAGCGCAAGACGGCGCUUAAAGUGAAUGUUAAGUCCAGGGUGUAUGCGCCCAUGGAUACUUUGACCCAUCCGCGGCAGGGUCAUGCAAAUUGUCACCAAGACGGCCAUAUGGUGCCCGGCCACAUGGGCUGGCUCUGGACGGACAAUCCGUUGGCGAAACGCCCCGGCUGGCGCCCUGGCGCGAUAAAGCGGUCUAUACGCCAGCUGAUGGGCUACUUUCUCAAGGACUUUCCCGUCGACAGUGUGCCCAUUUCGAAGUAUAUGUCGUAUCAGAAACACAAGCCACAGCCCUGCAAUGAGGUGGAGGAAAGGCCUGACGAUUUGGUGCAAUUUCCCACGCUGCACAUUGAGAAGAAGAACGAUGAAUAUCUCAUCACGCUGCGACCGCUCAAGGAUGCAGAGACGCUGAAGCGGGCCGCCAAUCCGUAUGCGAACAUGAGGCCAGUACAGUUUCGGAUCGUAAAGGAUCCGGUGCUGAGGCAGGUGCGCGAUAUGAAGCGCUGCCUCAAGAAAAUGGGCUACAGCAAGUGCAAGUGCCACAGGCCCGUGAUGAGGUGCUACUGCCGCAGUUUCAUCAACAAGAAGCAACUGGUCGAAGAGGUGCAGCGGCAGUGCGCGAAGCGCAAUUUGCCCAACUGCGAAUACGAUCUGGUCCUCUCCGAUACCACGGACAGCGAAGCCGAAUUCGACUUUGGCGUAACGCCGCCAGCGGGUCUAGUGCACCCAGAGAGACUGAAGACCACCCAUGUGGUGAACGUGGAGACGCAGUACAAUGAGAAUGACUGGGCCAUGCCCACGAUGUAUCCGCAUCCGCCCAACGCCCAGGUGCAGUACGGUGGCUGCGUUUUAGGCGAGCGCAAAGACCGAUUCCCAUGGAUCUAUGGCAAGGGCUAUGUGCAUCAGGAGCCUAAGCCUCCCAGGACGCGCAGUCCGCUCAGGAAAACAGACAAGAAACCAGCCAAGCCUCGCCAGAAGGGCGGACAGAAUAGCGACACGCGACCAAUGCCGACCCCAGAGAAGAAUCGCAAAGAUGACGAGCUUCGCGACGACCGACAAAGGCGCCUGAAUCAGGCUGCUUAUCCGCCGACAGCCAAACAGUUCAAGCCGAUCACAUCGAAAGCUUCCCUCAGCUCGAGAAAAAUUAUGUUCUCAACAAGUAAAACAGAAAGGUUCAGUACGUAGUCGUAUAGAAAUUUUUAUUGGAUAUUUCUUUUAAGUUUUAGUAGUUAAACAUUCAGAAAAUAUUGAAUUUCGCAUUAAAAAACUGCACAAUUUUUUAUCCAGUC